AUGGAUCCAGUGCAAAGCCAGAGCUGGCAGCCAUGGCUGAAGCAAGCCGCCCGAUCGCACAGCUACAAGGGGCCGAUGAUUGAAGCGAUGAAGGCCGCAGCAGUCCCCAUGCGACCGCAGAGCCCACCCCCGCGGAUGACAUACACCAACGCACUUUGUGCUGAGAUCCGUCCUGAUCCUCGUACUGGGGCCUUGUCCCCCAUUCACCAGAGGAAUUCGGGACCACCUCAGGUACAAAUGCCGGUGACUCAGGUGCCAGCCCAAGUCGCAACCCAAAAUGUCAACUACUUCGAAAAGCAGAUUCCCCAGCAGACGCAGCCCCCAGUGGCUUUCGACGAGGCCAUGACGGCCAGACCCGGAAUGGGCCGCAGGCUGGAGUGGCAGGUCGACUCUGUCCCUUUGCAGGGGGCCGGCAGCAUGUCCGCCGUGGAUGGCGGCUCGCAGCCGACAAGUUGCCACCUACCGCUGAUGUCCCCCAUGCGCUACAGGCGUGAGAGCCGUGAGAGCGGGAAGCCGAUGGAGCCUACGGGAACACCACAAGCCCAAGUCAAGCGCGGAAACUCCGAGGGAUCCCUGCCCUCCUCCGCGCGGCGCGAGAAGGCCCCGGACUUUGAUCUCGAGAAGAAGAUCGUGGAGGAGGUGAACCGGGUUCUCGAAAGUCGUCUCGCCGCCAAGGAGGACACCGACUGCCUCAAGAAGGAGCUUGAGAAGGCCAUGGACGACCGGGAGAUCGAAGCUCAGCAGGUGCAGCACCUGACCGAGCGCUUGAUCGAGAUGGAGCAACGCUUGGAGCGCGAGGCAGACGCCCGGCGUAAGGUCCAGGCCAAAUUGGACCAGGGAGUCUUGAUCGAAAGCGAGUUGCACCAGAAGGACAUGAAGAUCUCGGAGUUGGAGCGGAAGCUCAAAGCCAAGGCGGAUGAGGCCCGGAACCUCAAGGUCCGACAGGACCGCCUCGAGAAGCAGGUCGACGACACUCGCGCCCUCCGUGACAAGAGCGUCCGUGAUCGAGACUGCUGGCUGCGUGAACGUGAAACUCUCGUCCAAGACAAGCUGCAGGAAAAGCGCGACUUGGAAGAGAAAGUCUUCGCGGCUCAGACCCGCAGCAAGAACCUGGAGCAUCGUUGUCAGGAGUUGGAGGAGACGUUGAAGCAAGAGCGCAACAACGAGCAGCUGGUCCACGCCCAGAAGGACCUGGAGCAGAGGGAGAGCCUCCUGAACAGCCGGAACCAGGAGCUGCAGGCGCGCCUCUUGGAAGCCGAGCGCAACACCGAGGAGCUGCAGCGCUUGCGUCUGGAGCUGCAGGUGAACAAGCAGCAACUGGACGAGAAGGAAGCGGACCUGACACAGCAGAAGAACGAGUGGAAGCUGCGUGCUCAGGAGCGGGAGCAGAAGUACCGAAACUGGGAGAGCCAGCGCCAGGAAGUGGAGCAGCAGAACGAGCGCACUGCCAAGGAGCUCCAGUCGAUGGUGCAGCAAAGCCAGGAGAAGAUCAUGGAGGAAGUGCGGAAACGCACAGCCCUGGAAAAAGACCUCCGGCAACUCAAUGAGGAAAAGCUACGCAUCAACGAAGAAAGGGCAAAGCUCAACCAAGAGAAAGGCCAGCUUGGCGAGCAACAAACCCAAUUGCAUGAGGAGAAGGCCAAGCUACAGGAGCACAUCGAGCAGCAAAAGCUCGAGAUCGGCAAUCUCCAAAAGCAAGUGACUAUGGAGCACAACGAGGUGGUGACGCCUUCUGAGUUGAAGAGAAGGGCUUUGGCGCAGGACUCUGAUUUGAGCAAGCGCAAUGCCGAGAUGAUGCACGAUGUUGCGGCCUUCGAGCUGGAGAUGAAAUGGCUGGCGUCCUGCAACCAAGUCUUGCGCCAGCAUGUUCCGACAGAGCUCGAGGCAACGGUAAAGGCAGCCAUCGAGAACCUGCACGGCAGCGACUGGCAGCCACCUUCAGAGGAGGCGGAUGACGUUUUUAAUGUCGAUCUUGGGCGGCGUGCCAAGCUUUCAGACGAGAUCCUAAGGCUGCACAAGAUAGAGUGGUGA